AUGUCGGUGGCAGUUAUCGUUAUUGGCUUCAUAUAUAGGGGAUCUUAUGUAAAUUUUAUUGGUAGCACUGAAACUAAAGUAUUUAUUAUACAGUCGAAUGGCAUAAGAUUUGCUCAUUUGAUUUCUAUAAUAGAGACCAUAGUGCGCCGUAUUGAUCAAAAAACAUUUUACGAAGACGUUAGAGAAAUUGAUUUAAUAUUUCAAUGUUCUCUUAACGUCAAUAUUGAUAAUGGAAAAUUUCGUCAAGAAAUUAUAAGUCGUGGCCUUAUAAUGUUUUUAAUAUAUCUGUUAUCUGUCGCUGCGUUCUUAAUGCCGAAGUUUAUAGAAAUGGAUGGUGUUUUAGCAAUAUAUUGGAUUUUAUAUGCACUUCCAUUAUUCGUCUGUGGUCUACGAUAUUUUCAAAUAUUUUGUGCAAUAACAAUAAUCAAACGUCGAUUUGAACAGCUGAACACGGUGUUGGGUGAGGUCAAUUUGCAACGCGCAUUGCCCAUUUAUGAAAUUAACGAACGUAUUAAUCGUAUAUAUGAAAUGGAAAAUCCUGAACUAAAACGAUUGCUGAUAAUACGGGAAAUUUAUAAUCGUCUCUGGGAAAUAACAACUAUUUUCAAUAGAGCCGUUGGUGUUUCUUUGCUAAUCAAUUUGGGCAAUGAUUUUAUAUCUUUGACUUCAAGUUUUUAUUGGAUAUUUCUUAACUUGAAAUCUUUUGCUGCUGAUUCUUCAAACUUACUUACGAUAGUAGCGAAUACUAUAUGGACUUUUCCUCAUAUUUUCAAUAUUUUAGUACUGGCAGUGAUUUGUCAAAGCACAGUUCAGACUACAAUUAAUAUUGCUUUGGCUCUACAUCAUACUAAAAGUGAUAUAUUAAAUGAUAAUUAUAAUACUGUGAUUGAACAGUUUUCUUUGCAAUUGCUUCAUCAGAAAUUCGCAUUUUCGGCGGCCGGGUUUUUCAAUGUGGAUUGUACUUUACUUUACACGAUUGUUGGUGCUAUAACAACAUAUUUAAUCAUUUUAAUACAAUUUGAUAUGUAUCAACCACCAUCAUCGACAGAUUAA